CACAUAGUAAUAAUUAAUAACUGGACUUCCAUCUCCUGCAAAUAUCAGUCUAGUCGUCUUCAGCUGUCUCUCUGGUUGCUCAAAAAAAGAAAUUUGAGGCACGUAAGGAUUGUAUUAGAAUGAGACUAAACCCCAGCACCAGUGUGCUGGGCUGUGGGUCUCCAGCGCAUCUUCCAAGGCUUAUUAUGGUGUCUGUCUCUUGACCUCACACUGGGUAUCAGGUGGCAAAGUCGUGUAUGCAUAAAAAGAGGGAGCAGUAAGAACCCGGUUCUUUAUUAAAGUGGGGCAAGUCUCACUGCUUUCUUAACCCAGCCUCGCUGUUAAACUCCCAACAGCCUAGACCUGCAUGCCAUUCAGCCAGAGUGGUACAAACCCAGAACUUGAGUAAGUGUGAGGAGGAAGGAAGUGGGCACACAAAGGCACAGGGUUCUGAGCCUUGAAGUAAACAGUCUUUGCACCAAACUACUUGGGGCGCCUUUAGGACUUCUUUUCAUUUUUAACCUGUGGCCCUCUGAAUUAUUCUCUAGCGGUUGUUAUUGCCCCCAAAAUCAGAUCGCAUAGCUAUCAGCAACAGAUCUGGACGGUUCCCUGCUGCGGUCCUGGUUCCUGGGUUUGUGGCUGGCCUUUGGGUGACACGGGGCAGGCCGUGGAGCCUCUGAGCUCAAAGUGCGUCCCCCGAGGAUUGAGUUGGGGCCACGCCGCUCCGCAUCCAGGCCCCAACCAGUUUUAAAAGGCGAAGCCCGUGCUCCUUCCAGUUCCACUCUUGUAAAGCCCGGUGAGCCCCGAAUCAUACUAACUUCCGCGGGGGGCUGUGAAACCCCUGGCCUGCACAGACAGUCCUGAGCAGCAGAGGUCCCCCAGCGCCCCCUACAGCUGCGCGGGGGCGGAUCGCACUAAGUCUUUUCUGCACCACGCCCUGUACCCCCACCCUGGGGCCCACGCCUGGAACCACAGAGCACGCACCUCCCUGCUGCCGAGACCAGGAGUGGGGGCAGUAGGGCGCGCUACCUCCGGGCCAGCCCCAUUGCUCCGCCCGCAGCGACCGAAUUCCCUCCCUCUGUCGGUCCCUCCCUCCCUCCCUCCCUCCUUCCUUCCCUCCCUUCCUCUCCCUCCUGCCGGCUGGUGCGGGACACGCUGUGCGCCCUCUCUUGGGGCGCUCUUCCCCUUGGCUGUCGGUCUCAUGCCUCAUCCCGCACAACUUCCGGACAGUGCGGUUUAGAGUUGAAUGUGCCCCUCCGAGAACACAUGGCUGGGGAAGAGAGGCGCGGACCGGGGCCCCGAAGUGCCGCCGUCCGGGAGGCGGUGAUGCUGCUGCUGUGGCUGGGGGUCCCCACCGGCCGCCCCUACAACGUGGACACAGAGAGCGCGCUGCUCUACCAGGGCCCCCCCGACACCCUGUUCGGCUACUCUGUAGUGCUGCACAGCCACGGGGCGAACCGAUGGAGGCAGAAGGGGAACACUGCGACGACAGGCGCGCCGGAGGUCUGCUCAGGAAACGAACUUAUCUUGGGAUGGCCUUGCUUGGGGCUCGUAGUGGGGGCUCCCACGGCCAACUGGCUCUCCAAUGCUUCUGUGGUCAAUCCCGGGGCGAUUUACAGAUGCAGGAUCGGAAAGAAUCCAAACCGGACGUGCGAACAACUCCAGCUGG